AGGACCAUUCCAACGAGGUAAACUCGUGCUGGAGAAAAAAUGACGGUUUUAAAGACUUUCUGCAGAUGCGGGUCCCUAAGGACUGGUACACUGGUUGCAGGUGUAGCUGGCAUAAUUUUAGCCAUUUUGGGAAUAAUUCUACUAUUUACCAUACACGUGGACGUAAGAACAAUUGUUAUUGACUGGUUACCAAAAUGGAUAGUGAGAAUUAUCAUGGCUAUAAAUUUCGCUAUGACUAUUUUAAUAUCUUUCCUAUUGAUUCUGGGAGUUAUAAAACGUAAUAUGUUCCUUAUGCUACCCUGGGUACUUCUGGGAAUAAUGUUGGCAAUUGGAUUGCUCGUAUCAGUAAUUUACACUGCAGUUCAAUAUUACAUAGAUGGGGAUACACUAAAUGGAACGUUUUGGAUAGUGUUUGGGUUACUAUCAUUUGUGGUAUAUUUGUACAUGUGGCUUGUGGUCUACAGUUUCUUUGUUAUUAUAAAAGAAGAAUAUGACCGUGGAGCUUACACCAAAGACCCUUUCAGGAGGAAAUAAUAGAUGAUUCUGCUUUUUAAGUAAAAUUUGUACCUACAAUCUUUUGCUCUAUUGAGAUUGAUUUGAUUUGCCAUACUGUUCUCAAAAACAGUCUGAUUAUAGUUUUUAUUUUUCUGUUGGAGUGUGUUACAGUCUGCACGAAUGCAAAAAGAUCGAGUUUAUAUGUGUGUUUUGUAUAUUUGUAUGACAAGUGAUGUAUAUUUAUUUUAUUUAUUUGAAUCGAUGUCGAACAUAAUAUCAUAAUAAUAAUAAUUGAUAAGAAUUUAAGAAUCUAAUAAGUGUUUCUAUUUCUGUAAGUCUAUAACAAAAAGUUAUAUUGUAAAAAUAAAAAAAAUAAUAUAGGUAAGUCUACAAC